GAUUGUAAGCCAAGUCACUGGUAGGUGCCCCAGUGCUCUACAAACCAACAAAUGUGCUUAUAUGUACUAUGUUUAUUCUCUUGUAUUAGUGGUAUUAUAUGUGGGUAGAGGUCCUGCAGAAGCAGCUUUAUCUGUGAGAGCCAGACAGAGGAAAGGGUUGAAUGUUUUGGGCAACUGACAUCACUGUGAGUCUUACCACAAAAGAUGGGUACCAAGUGUGGGCCAGCCUAGAGGUGUGUUUUGUCAAUAAAAAGUUCAAGGAGGUUUUUUUUGAUUGGUCAGGUUUUUUGUUUUAUGUAUACAUGGCAUCUCAGCCUGUAAAUCUUUUGGUCACUGUGGUUGCAUAUGCCUUCAGAGUUGUUACUUGUCAAGAGCAUUUCUGGCAGUCAAGGGCUUUGAAUUGCUAUGGAAGUAUGAAGUUAAAUAUCACAUAUUUGUUUACAAUGUGGAUGUGCCUUUCUGAAUAUUUGUGCUGUAGACAUGUUGCCAUGUCUACCCUGUAGUUCCUAUAAGGAUCUGAAAAAAAUGCAGUCUGACUUCAUGAGAUAGACAGUACCAUGAUGUUUAUUAUGUCUUAUAUUUUGCUUGACACCUCAGCCAAGUAAGUCAAACACUUAAGUGGAAAGCAAUUAACCUCUUCACCUUACUUAUCUUCUGCAGCUAAGUAAUCCUCGUGUUACUCACUGCUUCACAACAUUGCUAUCUUCUGUAUACUAAGACAAUUAAGCAAAAUCACAGCAGAAGUAGGACCUUUAGGUGAGGUAUCACCGUGUAUCACCCUGCCUUGCUUUGUGCUGUUUCCCCAUUUUGCACAUGCUGGUACAUAAGUUGUGGAGCACCUUGUAAUUAUGUAUUGAGAGGAAAUAGUAAGAAUGUUUGUAGUUGUAAGAUUUAAGUGUUAUUUAAGUGUUAAAACCUUCUGGUGGGGAUGUUUACAUUAGCAGUGGCUUCAUGACAUUUGUGAAACGAAUGGAUGGGAACACAGACAGUCUCCUAUCAUUUGGAGAGAACUGUUGGACCGUGGAGGGAAAGGUCAGCUUCUGGGAGGACUUAAUGAUUUUCUGGAAUAUGCUCAGCAAUAUUAUGGUAUCACUUCAAUGAUGUUGAGUAAAGAAAUGUUAGAUGUUGCUGAGGAGAACCUACAGGCUCAUCUUGAAAUUGUAAAAGAGGAUGAAGAGAUUAAAAGUCUUAUCAAGCCCAUGCAGAUCUGGAUCACCAGUGCAUCAACUCCAAUCUGUUAUCAACUGAUCCCUCUGUUGGCAAAUGGAGAAGUGUUUGGGAUGACCACAGAAAUCAGUAUCCAUUUGCUUGACACUUGCCAGUUUAAGGAAGUUCUUUGCAGUAUUGUAAUGGAAGCUGAAGACAUGGCGUUCCCACUUCUCCGCAGUGUUUUGGAGCACACUGAAAUAGAUGAGGCUUUUAUUGAAGCUGAUGUUAUUAUUGUUCUUGAUGAUGUCCUCUUAAACCUUGAAGUCCAGUCCCUUGAGAACUACAUCAGAGAAGCGACGCUGAUUAUGACGUACGGCCCAUCCAUUAAGCCUGAGAAUAUCAUUGCCGUUGCGACAUCCUGGGAAAGUGCAGCUAAAGCCACGCUGGCCAGGAAGUUGAAUGUGAGCGCAGCAGGAGUUAAAGACGUGAUUGUUUGGGGCAAUAUUACUGGCUCUAACUACAUUGAUUUGUCACAUGCAAAACUUUAUGGAUAUGAUGGUGCUAUUUGGGGCCCAGCUAAUUUUCAACGUCCUUUGUUGAAUAUGAUUUAUGAUAGGGAAUGGAUCCAUUCAGAAUUUUUAUCUGCACAGGGUUCACUGCAUUCCCGAGUUGGUCGUGGCACAGGAAUGUUACCUGCUCACGCGGUAGCCACUGUACUGCAGUACUGGUAUCACGGCUCUCCUCCUGGGGAGAUUGUUUCUGUGGGAGUACUUAGUGAAGGUCAGUUUUGCGUUCCUGAAGGAAUUAUCUUCUCUAUGCCAGUGAGCUUCCAGAAUGGUAGCUGGGAAGUCAUAAAAGAAUUAGAAAUUGAUGGAACGACACAAGAAGUUCUGGGACGCUUAGCCCAUGAACUAAUUCAGGAAAAGCUCGUUGCACUAAAGGAAAUAAAAGAAAUACAUCCCUAUGGAGAAGGCUAAAACCCCCACAUCUUUUCCCAAGUUUUUCUGUGCUGCUUUUCCUACGUAAUUUCAUUUUCAAGUUGUCUGUCCUCAUGCAUCAAAAUAAGAG